GAAUCUUCCGUUGGAUCUUUUUCAGCUUUCUUCCGUGGAGAUCUCCUUCGCGCUCGAGAGCCAUGCCUACCUUUUCUGCUAUUGCUUUGGAUAGAAUGCUAGAGCCAGGGGCUUCCACGUCUGUCGAGAGUGUUCCAAGCUCAACAAAUUCGUUUUAUUCUAAGCCACCAAUAUCAAAACUGGAGAAAGGUAAAGGUAAAUUACCUAGUGAGAGGACAGUUACUCGUCCUCUGAUGUCACCUGCUCUCUACGCCACACCUGAUGCAAUUCCGCUUCCCAAUUCGCCAUCCUCUUUCCCACCAUCGCCUUAUAUCAUCAACCACAAAUCACGUGGACCUCCACGUCUUCUUAAAAGCUCUUCUGAGGCUAAUGUUGUGUCUUCUUCCCACCAGAAGACGCUGGCAGAGGAAACUAUUACUGUUGAAACAGAUGUAAAGGUUUCCCCUCGGAGGAGGUCCACCUCUUUCUCAUUUCCUAUCAGUGAGGCUACUGAAGACGAUUAUUCCAAUGGAGUCCAUGCUCGUCCGAUUGGAAAUUAUAAUUUCGAUGGUAUUGUUGAUGGUCCUGUUGGGCAUUGGAGUUCACUUGACGGUAAAAUUGGGAAUGGAAAUUCAGAGUUGGAUAAUGCUGCUAAUGGUUUAGAACGGGAAAAUGUUCUGACUGAGCCUGUCACUAUCAAAACAGACAAGGAGAGUGAGUCUGAAGAUUUCUAUGACCCAGGUGAAUCAGCAAGCUUCACAAGUAACACAGACGUAGAGGGUGAUGCAGGAGACGAAGGUUCACAAAGACUUGCCACACCUGUUGGAGAAUUUUAUGAUGCUUGGGAUGAACUAUCAACAGACAGUGGAAUGCAGAGUUCAGGUAACAACAUCGAAUCUGAAUUAAGGGAGAUAAGGCUGAGUUUAGUAAUGGAAAUCGAGAAGAGAAAACAGACAGAAGAGGCUCUGGAGCAGAUGCAAAUUCACUGGCAGAGACUCCGUGAGCAGUUGGCUCAGGUGGGUCUGUUCGUUCCCAUUGAUCCUACCACCUCCACCAACAACAUGAAUCUAUCAGAAGAACUACGCUGCCAACUCGAGGUUGCCAGGUUUGUCUCUGACUCUUUAGGCAGAGGUAUGGCAAAAGCGGAGGUAGAGAUGGAGAUGGAAUCUAUGCUCGAAACUAAGAACUUUGAAAUAACACGGUUGUCUGACCGUCUACACUACUAUGAGGCUGUGAACAGAGAAAUGUCUCAACGAAACCAAGAGGCCAUAGAGGUGGCACGACGAGAGAGGCAGAAGAGAAAGAAGAGGCAGAGAUGGAUUUGGGGAUCAAUUGCAGCAACCAUUACUCUAGGAAGCGCGGCAUUGGCAUGGUCUUACAUUCCUGCAGCGAAACCAUCAUCUGAUGUUUCACAACCUCUUAACAAUGAAUGAUUAAGUAAGUCUCUUGUAUACGUAAUGGGUUUGAUGCGAGCAAGAGAAAUAAAGAUACAGGACGUUU